UCAUUCUCUCACUUUGCAAAUGGCAUGGCCAUUUUGAAGCUCCGAAAAGCACAUGUAAACUAAAACACCGGUUAUACCAUAAUUAACUUCCGAACGUCGUAACAACAGGUAAAAUUCCGUUCGCCAUACAAAAUUAUCUAGUAUGGAUAAAAGCCAAGACAUGUCAAGCAACGCUAAUGCGAAAAACGAUGCGGAAAAUAUUAAUGAGGAUCGCUCAGGUGACGGCCCGAACGUUGAAAGCAAGCAGAAUCAAGAGGACCUGAAGAAACUUUCCGGCGAUAUACAAGCAAAACUCUCCCAAAUGGAGGAUCUGAAGACGAAAAUAAUGGUGCAACAGGAAAACAUAAAAAAUCUGAUGCAGUCCAGUAACAAUUUGGAAAGUCCAAUUGGUACAAGUAAUAAUAACCAAAAUGAUAGUGAAUCGUCUCUAACCAAGAAAAUCAAUGAUCUGAACAUUAAACCGGAUAAUGAAGCUGGGAACCAAUCAUCGGUUGUUGUGGACAAGGAGAAUGUCUCCUUGCGUAGCAUACUAACUGCAUAUGACAGUGAUGAUUCCUCUUCAGAUUCAGACUCCAGUUCCGAUGACGACUCUAAGGAUUCAGAAGAGGAUUCCGAAAGUGAUGACAGCAGCAGCAGUGACACAGACACUGAGGCCGAGUUCAUUUCGGAAUCGCAGGGCGCGAUCAAAAAACCCGACAAGAAGCCGAAGAACGAUCAAGAAGAAUUCAUAACCGAUUUGGGACUCGACCAAUUGCCACCGGUUCCCGAUCUUUCUACGCUUAGCCUGAAUCCCUCCAAGGAUGAGUACUUCCAUAUGGGACACAUUCGAGCCAUCAUCGACAGAAUUGUCACCGUGGAAGCUAUCCCGAACAUUCCGGCUUACGAUCUCGACACGCCGCUCUUCUACGGCGACGAACGACGUCCCCUCGGUAUGGUGUUCGACGUAAUCGGGCAGGUAACGGCACCAACAUACGCCGUCCGUUUCAAUUCGCCUCAGGAUAUCGCUGACGGACACAUCGAGAAAGGGAUGAAGGUGUACUCCGUGCCGAAAAGCAAUCUCACCAACUACGUUUUUGUUAACGAACUGCUCAAAAUGAAGGGCAGCGACGCCUCAUGGAUUGGUGACGUAGAAGUGCCAGAGGAAAUGCAGGAAUUCUCGGACGACGAAGAUGAACGACUAAAAAAGAAUCACAAAAAUCGGCUGGAAAGGAAACGGCAGCAUGGAAGCGCCGAGCGGCACAAGAAAUUCGAAAAGACCAUGAACCAAUGUAACACGCUGAACACUCGCGUGCACAAACUGCUCGAUGCGAGGAGUUCCGUCAUUCGCAACAACACCAUACCGCAAAAUAGUCGUGCCGAUUGGAAUCCGUAUGAGAUAGCGACGGCUGGGAGUAUGAUGUUCGACCCUUCGAGACCGCCGCCCGGAUUUGUUCACUCUAGACUUUUCGACUACGGUUGCUACAGUGGCGGCGGCGGUGGCAGUGGCACUUCCUCGGCUAAGGUACCACAUUUGGCGCCUACGGCGGCACCGAAUUAUCCGCCGUCCUUCCCCGGCUACAUGCCCACGAUGGAGGACUGGAACGCGGCCAAUCCGCAGCAGCCGGGCCACACCUGGGGCACCGUCAGGCAACCCAGAAACUUUUACUAUCCGUACACACCUCUUCCCGCCACCGCCACCGCCACUUCCAGUAGCAACAGUGCCGGAGACCAGAAGGACGGCAACCCACGUCCGGUCGAGCAAACGCCCCCUUGGGGCUUCGCGUACGGACCGUGGAUGGGUGCACCGGUCGGCCCGAACAAUCAAGUUCCGCCGGGUAUGUGGGUCCAACCGGCCAUGCCUCCAACUACAGCACCCAACGUUCCACCCCAGGGCCCCUGGAACGCCGCCUCCGGCAAUCCAUACUCUCAAAGUGAUCCUUCAUUAUUUAAAAAUCAGUAGUUUAGUAUAGACAUGUAAAUAUAUUCCGGUUAUUUCAGUAUUUUUGUUAUAUGAUUUUCUUAUAAACGCAAAUAAAAAUUUAAUUUUGUUUCUUAUUUAUCGUUUUAUUAACGUUUCGUUGGAAAUGAUGCACUAUGUGCCAUUAUAUGCAUAAGACUGUUAGGAUAAGCGUUUUUAGUUUAUAUGUUGUUAAUUGGAUAUGAGAUUAUUUUUGUUGUUUUAUUUUCAAACUGUAAAAUUGUAUUGUUCUCUUCAAGUUCAAAUAUAAACGUUUUUCUAUAUCA